AUCGCUCUCUAUUUCGACCGGAAGCCCUCAGCCUUCAAAUCGUGCCAAGACUAAAGUACAAAGGGCCGGAAUUGAUCAUUUGGAGGUUCGCACAGGGAGCAUUGGAGCAGAGCGGAGAACAUCAGGGUCUCGUGGAGGGUUAACAGGAAGAGCAGGCAUGUAAAAAGAUUCACUCUUGAUGAGCUUUCGAGCUCUGGCUUGGGAUCUUGCGAAGAAAGGCAUGCACGCAGCUUUCCAGCUUACAACCACCUGCUACUACCACUCCAACAGUGCAACAGAAUUGAAGGGAUCCGCUCUCGGGGUUUCUUUAAUCGGUGGGUGCCACUGGGUGGUAGCCAGAGCAGCCAGAGCAGCCAGUUUAUGGCUCUGUGCCCUAUGGAAUUCACCAGCAGGGCAGAGAUUAUGAGCCGCUUGGUGGUGGCCCCACUGGAGCCCGUCUUUCCUGGCAGACAGCACGAGGGCGCGGGCUUGGCCAUUUCUGCACAUCUGGAGGCCAAGCGAGCCGCCCCACUUUGCCCUGUGGACCCCUCAUGUUCCACACCUCUCUUAAGUGGAGACGAUUAUUUUAUUCCUUAUCCGCGAUAAACUUUGGACGCAUGUGCAGAUUUUCCGAUCCCUGCGGUCUUACGCUGUUUGUUUGUUUGUUUUCUUUUGCAUGGUGUGUUUUCAACAUCCGUGCUAGAGACUAAAGUUUCUGCGAGUGCUUUGUUCUGCUUGUUUGAACUUCGUGUCGUCUAUCCGGCCCCACCUGCCUUCGUCCAGAUUUCUAUGACCAGUUCUGAGGAUGCAGUGCAGGAUGCCUCUGGUUCCCCCCCCUGUCACAUGUUUCAUGGAUGGCCAAAGUUCACCCGAACUUCGUUACCCAUAGCACAAGUCGUCAAAUCAUGUUAUCCAUCGAGUACGGAAUUCAACUUGCGAUUGAAGUGACGGUCGCAUACAUGGUGAUUUUGAGCUUGGCGUUCAAGUACGUGUAUCUCACAUAGCCUCUUGUUGGCAUCGAUGGACUGGAACAUACUUGCACAUAUGUGACAAUAAUCUUCUCACUCCUGUUGUCGGUACGCAUCAAAACUAUUUCAAGCUGGGAUCUCCACAUGUCAUUUGGUGAGUGACGCUUUGAGUUGGGUUCAGAUUUUGUCACGAUGGUGCCCCUAGUUAGUUACUCUGUGAGAUGUCCUGUGUUAUCAGUUGAUAAAUAAAUCUAUUAAUUACAGCUAGAGAUUCAGAAGGGCUUACAGUGAGCUUCUAUUCCCGUGAAUCCCGGAAUUGUGAGUGUAAUUGGUUCUGAUUAUCUGAUUUUGAGGCUGAUGAAAUGUACAGAGAAUUUAUCUAUUUCUUCCCAGAUAACAUAAUUCCAAAGUCUUUGUAACUAUAAAAAAUCUAUCAAAUAAAUAUUGGAAUUCAAACACUUAAUCAGAGUUCCAUAUUCUAUUGUAAGUGUUUGAUGUUUUAAUGACUACUAUACAUUUUUAGAUCAAAACGUUGACACGUUUUUAAACAUUUGAUAUAAAAAAAUUCACUACUUAUGAAGUUGUGACUAAUAUCAUACACCUUUAGUAAAUAUUUUUUCAAUAUGAAACAGUCUUUUGGUAAAUUAAAAUUUCAUCAUAAAAUUUUUGAAUUUUGAAUAUCAUGUUAAUGAAACAUAAAAUGAUGUUUUCUCAGAAAAAUAUUUAAAAGAUAAAUUUAAUUUUAUGUGAAGGUUAUUAAAAUUGCAAAUCUAGAUUGUGAAUUAAAUGAUUGGUAGAAAGCACAUAGAUCAUAGGAUUACGAAUGACAUGUAUGUUUUUCCUAAAAUGGAAAGUUUUGAUGUUUUGGAAUAUAAAUUAAAUUGGAAUCUGAUAAUUUUGGUCAAUUAUAUCCAUGAAUUAUUACCACAUUAUUCACUUUAUUUCUAUUGUAAAAUAAUUAUUCAAUAUUUUUUGCUGUAACAUUCUUGUAGUUUUGUUAUGAGUAAGAAGCUUUAAAAUCUACAGUCAAGAAUAAAAUAUGCGUUUCAUAGUUUAAAUACCAUGAUUUUUAUUGUAAUCAAAAUUAUUAAAAUUUUAAACCAAAUUUAACUCAAAAUUCUUAUAAUUUAAAGAAUUUUGAUAACAUUUAAUAUAUUUAUAAGGUUGAGAUAUUACAAAGCAAUCUGUGUCAGAUAGUUUAAGGUCUAAUUUGCUAAUGAUUUAUGUACAGCAAAUUUUUUUUUGUAAAUAAAUUCAAAUACUAAUCUAACAUGGUAAGUAUGCGUUCAAAACUGUAUAUAUGAAUCCAAGGCUGCAAUCUAAGAAAGUGAACUAGAAUAUGUCCAUAAAUUCUUCGGAUAUCAUGAAAAAUGGACACGAAAUAAAUACUGUCAUGCUCAGGUUUAUGCCACAUUUCAUAAUAGUAUCAAAGAAGGGUCACACGCAAAUUUGAACUGAAAAGUAUCAAAUAUCUAGCUUAUAGCUCUAGCACUCCAAAUUAUAUUACUCAGAGACAAGGGGAGAAUCAACUAUGUCCAGCAUAGUUGGAUCAGAUGCUGCCCCCAGGAAGUUGUUCAUCAGCGUUAAUUACGAUACUAUGGUUCACACAAUCACUAGAACACUGAAUUUUGCCCCCAAGAUUGGAUCUCUUCCUCUGAAUGCUGAUCUUGAGUUGACCCCGAACACUGCAUCCCUUCGCCUGAUUUUUCGGUCUGAUUUUUGUCCCUGACAGCGGGAAGACUUGGUUAGGCCAUGGUGGUGGAAACCUCUUGACGUCACUUCUUCGGCUCCAGUUUGAAGUCCUUGAGGGUGAAAUGUCUCCCGACGCCUGAUUGAUUCGCCCUUGAAGGUGGAGAAUCUGUGCUAGUGGAUCUUUCGCUCCAUUUAUCCCUGGAGGUGAUAUGAAGAUGAUCCCUGAAGGCUCCUGGCGAAUCAUGAGCAUGACUUGUCUAUGAGUGGGCGUCCCGUUCUGUCAAUAUUUCAGCUGGAUCUGAUUUGAAAGUUUCUUCGGCCAACUAUAGAAGAUAUCCAUGAACCCUUCGUUCAUGGAUACAAGGAAACAUGCUGGCACUAUCUUGGCUCAGACCGUGAAAGGAAGCAUGUUUGCUUGCUACGUGAAGCAGAGAGUUCACAAUCAGAAAGUGGACGUAAUGUAAGGCAAGAGCUUUGACGCCGAAUCCUCUUGAGGUCGCCAAAUUCACAGCUUGUUCACCGUUGGCACUACCAGCUGACGUGGAGAGAAGGUGAUUCCAUAUCGAUGACGUGUCAGACGCUGCUAGAAGCCAGCGUGGACACGAAGUGCAUCACACGAGGAGAGGUCCGCUUCGUCUUCGGCCAUGGAGCUCGUAGCGAGCGGUGGCGCAAGAGAUGGAGCCCAUAUCAUUCCGUUGUUCCUGCCGUGGAAAGCUUGCCCAGAGAGAAAUAGAAAGGUCAUCGACAGUCGCUCUCACCAAUGACGAGAAGUUUGACAACCGAACGACCCAGAGGUUCGCAGGCGCAUCAUCACCCGUCCAUCUGAAUUUGAUUUCAUCGGGCUCCCAUCUCAUACUCUUCCCUCUAAUACUGCUUUCCUGCUCUGAAAUUGUCCAAACAAUCCCACAAUAUCUCAUCCCAAAAAUCCGCACCCACACGAUAGGAAUUGGGGCAAUGAUAUAGUCUAUAAUUGAGCGAACAAUCAAGGCAUGGAUGCGGAAUUUCUACGGGAAAGACGAGGUUCGGUGUGAAGGUUCUGGGUAGGAAGUAUGUCCGAACACGUUGAUGAUCGUGUCGGAAAUAUCCCGCAGGACACGUCUUUUUAUGCCAGUGUGUCUUGGAAUUCUGAAUGUCGGGAUGGAAAGCAUGCCCGCCCUCCCGCCUCUCCCAAGAGAUCUCUGCGCUGUUUUGCUCUGCUUUGCUUUUCUAUGCUUUAACGCUUUCUGGAAAGGGGCGCUUCGAAAGCUCUUUCAGCUCAAACCCUGAAAGGUGACAAAUACGUGACAAAUGUGCCCAAAUACCAUUUCUUGUUGGCAGCAGCUGUCUUGCAAAUUCAAGCAAGAUACAAGAUGUGUUCAAAUUUUUAUCAAUUUCUU